UUCCAAUCGAAGCAUCAAGUGAACAAUUUUCUUUGAACCGCGGCGCGAACAGUAUUCAAUUGAAAGUAGAAUCAGAAUGGUGAAGGAAAAUACAUCGCCAGGUUCGAGUUCAGAGUCAGAAUUCGAAGAAACUGAAAAAUUAAGCGACGAAGAAAAGAAUGUUAAAAAGAUAUCAGAUUAUGAGAAACAGAGGCUCUCAAGAAUUGCGGAAAACAAAGCAAGGAUGGAGGCGUUGGGUCUUCAUAAAAUGGCGUCUUCUUUAGGCUCUUCAGUUCAGAAGACGGUGAAGAAUCGGAAAAUUAGUCAGCGUAAGGGGAAAAGUAAGGUCGUUGAUGAUUAUGACGAAGAUUAUCGGCCUAAUAAUGACGAUGAUGAUGAUGAGCGAGAUGACGAUGAUUUUGAUGACAAAGAUGACGAUGAAGAUGAAGAUUUUGUGAGAAAUUCUUCUUCAAAAUCCCGUAAAAACAAGGUUAAGAGGGGAGUCUCAAAACCGAAGAAGAAAUUUCUUUCUGAACUGCAUUUUGGCAGUGCAGAUAACAUUGGUGAAGAGGAUGAUGAGCUAAUGCAGGCCAUUGCCCUUUCAUUACAAGAUUCUGCAAAAGUUGCCACCCUUAAAGAGAGAAAGGAAAAUAAUAACAUUCAGGAAGAUUCAGGAACGAAGAAGAGGAAAAAACCGUUAAGUAAUAGGGCUCAGAUGACUGAGGAUGACCUGGUCUUAUACUUCUUUCAGUUUGAUGAACAAGGGAGCGGGUAUUUAACAGUUAGAGAUCUACAAAGACUUGCAACGGCUCAUGAUUUUACGUGGACAGAUAGGGAAUUGGAUGAGAUGAUACAUUAUUUCGAUAGUGAUAGAGAUGGAAGGCUAAGUCUCGACGAUUUUGGUAAGAUUGCUAGCCGUUGUAACAUGAUUCAAAGGUCUGAAAAGUCUUGAUGAGUAUGAAAGAAUGCAGUUUGAAGUUUUCAGGAAUGCCUGGAGAUUCUCGAAUUUGAUACGAAGCAUGAAUUCCUACUUUUUACUCAGUCCUUGAGUACUGAAAUGUUCCAUCAGGGCUGUGUAAGAUGUUCUUCUGGUGUACAAGGUUUUAUCUGUGUGUUUCUUCCCCUGUUUGAUAGCUUAGCGGAUGAAGCAAGUCACCUUGUUUGUUUUGUCUGAAUCAAGUUUUAUAAUUCCUUAGACCCAGUUUUGCACUUCCUAUGAAGCUUUAGAUUGCAAGUAUCUCACACAAGAAGUUGCCAUUUUGACAAUAGCAUGCAGCAAAUUAGCUCGGAUUUAACCAUCCUAGCUCCGGUUUUCAUUCAUAGUUUGUUUUUAGGAUAAGGAUGUGUUGUAAUUGAACUUUGUCAUACUUGAAUGAUUUGGCCUUUCAAGAAAAAACAAAUUAUUCAUUUAAA